AGCUAUCAUGGAGCUUAUUAAAAUUUUGUUUCUUCUGGUCUCGUCACUGGUGUAUGGUCUUGUUGAGCCAGAGACAUGCAGAUGCUUCCCAGGCGACGCGUGUUGGCCGUCAGACGAACAAUGGUCAGAUCUGAACAAGACGGUGAGUGGACGUCUCAUCAAGACUGUUCCACUAGGAUAUUUAUGCCAUGGCCUUGAGUAUGAUGAGGCUGAAUGCAAGGCUUUGGCGUCAGUUUGGAAGAAGCCAACGGUUCACAUCAAUUCCUCCUCAUCCAUCCAGGCACCCAUAUUUGCCAACGCGAGCUGCGACCCUUUUACGCCCACGGAAAAGCCAUGUCUUAUGGGAAACUACGUGUACUACGCUGUCAAAGUGGCUGGGGCUAACGAUGUCGCUGCCACAAUCUUGUUCGCAGAAAAAUACAACAUAAGACUGGUGAUUCGAAAUACCGCACACGACUAUGUGGGUCGAUCGACUGGAGCUGGCGGACUGGCGAUCUGGACGCAUUUUCUCAAGGAAACCAAGAUCGUUGAUUGGGAGGACGAUGAGUACACUGGAAAGGCUAUAACUAUCGGAGCCGGGGUCCAGGGCUCUGAGUUACAGGACGCAAUCAAUACUGCUGGUCUUGUAGGCGUAACCGGAGAAUGUCCUACGGUUGGCAUCGCUGGCGGCUACAUUCAGAGCGGAGGUCACUCGCCUCUGGCGACCAGCUUUGGUCUUGGGGCUGACCAGACCCUGGCGUUCAAUGUUGUUACCGCAAACGGCGAAAUUGUAACAGCUAGUCCUGCCGCGAAUGCAGAUCUCUUCUGGGCACUGAGCGGAUCAGGGGCUGGCAACUACGGGAUCGUGGUAUCUGUGACCCUCAAAGUUCACCCUGAUGCGCAGACCAGUGGAGCUAGCUUUGCCGUAGAAGCGUCCAGCUUGGAUCCUUCGCAGGUCCUGAAUCUAUGGCACAAGGCCUUGCCAGCGAUUCUCGAAGGUGGCAACAUGGCCACCUACUAUGCCAAAAAUACGACGUUCGUACUGCAGUCUCUGACUGGAUUCAACCGGACCAUCCAGGACCUAGAAAUAGCGCUUUCGCCGUUCAUCGCGUCUUUGGCCGGCGAAAACAUUAGUCUGAAGCCGAACUACACCACCUUUGGCUCCUAUCACGACCAUUACCUUUACUAUUUCGGGCCCUUGCCCGAGGGCCUCUUCGGCACUGCUGGAAGUGACUUGAUCGGCGGUCGUUUCCUCCUAAGAGACGCCCUGCAGGGCGUUGGGACUGCUAUCAAUGCCUCGGUACUCUCAAAAGGAGGCAUGUUCAUCGGUCAAUCAAUGAAUGUGUCGCGUUUCGCAAGUGCCACACGAGCGGUCCAUCCGCAAUGGCGUCACGCUGUGGUCAUGUCAUCGUAUUCGCUCCCGUACAGUUUCGAUGUACCGUUUGCAAAUAUGCAGGUCCAGCAAGACCGCAUCACGCAGGAUAUCAUGCCAGCGAUUGAGGCGGUCACUCCAGAUGCAGGAGCGUACAUCAAUGAGGCCGAUUAUCAACAACCGAACUGGCAGAACAUCUUUUAUGGAAGUAAUUACGCAAGGUUAGAGCAAGUCAAGAUGAGGUAUGACCCAAAGGGUCUCUUCUGGAACUCGAUAGCAGUGGGGAGUGAAGAAUGGAAGGUUGCUGCUGAUGGAAGACUCUGUAAAGCUUAGUGGAUUAGACACUAUAAGUGGGAAGAUAGAGCAUGGACCAGUUCUGGCGUUAUUAUGUCUCGAGAUAAUCGAGCAUGUUCUCCGUGAUUUUUCCACGGGGCAGAUGGGUCUUCUAAUCACGAAUGUGUUGGGAUC